CCCGACCUUACCCUGCUCAUUUCAGGCAGUAGUGAAAUUGUGGUGAAACUUACGAUUAAUGGCCCUGAUACACGCAAGUAUGGAUUACAAAAACGAAGGCCACAGCGGGGUCAACCAGCUGGGUGGUAUAUUCGUGGGUGGCCGACCGCUACCCGAUUCCACCCGGCAGCGAAUCGUUGAGCUUGCACACGCUGGAGCACGACCAUGCGACAUAUCCCGCAUUUUACAGGUUUCCAACGGAUGUGUCAGCAAGAUUCUGGGCAGGUACUACGAAACCGGUAGCAUUCGACCACGGGCCAUCGGAGGUUCCAAGCCUCGCGUAGCCACCCCGGAAGUUGUUCACAAGAUUUCGAUGUUCAAACAAAACUGUCCGAACAUUUUUGCCUGGGAAAUUCGAGACAAACUGUUGAACGAAAGAAUUUGUACACCGGAGAACAUUCCCAGCGUUUCUUCCAUCAACCGUGUUCUUCGGAAUCUAGCCGCCCAGAAGGAGUUCAGCAAGAAACCACACGCACAAGAAUCAUCCGCCGAAGAAUCGAGCUACUUGUCCGCCAAACCGAUCAGUGAGAAUUCGCCUUUUAUUCAUUACAAAUACGGAGAUAAUGCCGACAUCAAACCGACCAAUGAGCAUGAUGGCAAGAGCACAUUCGGGAAGCAUUGUUUCACCAAUCUGGACUCCCCGGUACCGCUGGGAACGAGCAGCAGUAGCAGUAGCAACGUGAAACCUCCAUCAAUUCCACAAACCGUCAACUUCGACAGUGAUUCGGAACGGCUCAGUCUCAAGCGAAAGCUACAACGGAACAGAACUUCUUUCACCGUAGACCAGAUUGAAUACCUUGAAAAAGAGUUCGAACGGACGCACUAUCCGGACGUAUUCUCGAGGGAACGGUUGUCUUCCAAAACCAAUCUACCUGAGGCACGGAUUCAGGUUUGGUUCUCCAAUCGCCGUGCCAAGUGGCGCCGCGAGGAAAAGCAACGUUCGCAAGCGGUAUCCGAAGGAUCCAACGUUGCCGUAUCCGUAUCGGCGGCUGCCCCACAACAACCAUCCACUAUUUCGUCUUGCAUGAACCUGACUUCGCCACUGGUAUCUCACGUGUACGAUUCGAACAUGUGCGUCGAAGACUCCAACAGUAAUUAUCUCAGCAAAACGUAUCCGUUGGAACCGAGCGCUUUCCAGAAUCUUGAUCCGCUGAAAUCGCCGCCUUCUCACCAUUCUCAGAAUCAUUCGCCAAUGUCUUUCAAGCUGUUUCCUCCCGGUGGAUCGUCAACUCAGGGAACCUCUAGCGGUGGUGGCGGUGGUGGUGGUGGUGGUGCAGCUGGCGGUUCUGGAAGUGCCUCGGGAUCAUCGGGAGUGCACCACGAACCGAACAUGAUGGAUGCCGUAGCCCUGUCCAACAAUGGCGGUUUCUCUCACGUACCUACCUCGGACGAUAAGUCCUUGUACAACCACUUUGCCUAUUCGGCUUCGUCCGUGGCGGUAGCGGCCGCAGCUAACAUGCACCAUUCGGCGGCGUACUCGGCGGCCGCAGCAGCCGCUGCCGAUCACCACCACCAUCAUCAUCAUCAUCCUCAUCAGUCGUACAAUGGGAUGUACCUGAAGAAUCAGCUGUACAAUAUUCCGUCUACCGGAGUUCUGAGCUUCCAAUCGACGCUGGACUGGAACAAAAGUUAGUGGUAAGCACCGUGAGGUCUUGCCUUCGAGGACCUCUUCUCUGAGUGUUGUUGACGAUGAUUAUGCUAAUUAUGAUGAUGAUGAUGACGAUGAUGAUAAUGAUGAUAAUGCUGAUGAUAAUAAUGAUUGCCAUACAAGAAAAAAACCGUUGCAGUAUUUGUGGUGCGCUCCGAACCUCUCUUUAUCACUUUACUAUUGAAACGUGAAUUAAAUGUUGAAACCGAUGACACAAAGCUACAUAUGUAAGAAUGCAACAGAAUCGUGAUCAGUUUUUUGCUAAUAGUGAUGGUUGUCCGUACUUAUACAUAUAUCUAUAUAUAUCGAAACAAAAACAAAAGGUAUUAUUUUUGCGUCUCAUUACAUUCUAUUAAAUGCUGUGAAACAACAAGAUAAAAUGUGUUAGACAAAUUAAAUAUUUUAAAAAUUGACCUCUAGUGUACGGUGAGUCGUAAUUGCAAAUCUUCUUAGAACAAUAUUACUGGUUCCAGUAAACUUGAAACUGAAAUGUACAAUAAAAAAAUGCACAUUAUUGCUCUA